AUGGAGCGAAAGCUCUCGCUUUCCACCGUCAAGUGCUGCCUUGGAAUGCGUAUACCACCCAAUGACUUCAUGAAAUACAACACUAGUGCACUUACUCCAGAAGAUGUUCAGCUCAAGCUCUUCCCCCUCUUAGAGACCAUUGCUACGUCCAAUUGUUACUAUGUCAAACUUUUUCUCAGCCACUACAUCGACAUACUAGAAAAGUCCGAUGAACCCAUCGUGGACAACAUCUACGAACUCUACUGUUCACCUCGUAUUCUUUCAGCCACUCCACUCCCUCCAACCGCAACAGAUACGCUACAAUAUGUCAUUGAUGAACAAGGGAACAGUGUCAGCAUCACCGAAACUCCCAAGAUCAUCUCUGGUGCUGGAACUACGGGGCUCCGAACUUGGGAAGCAGCACUUUUUCUUCUGGCUUUUCUCAAUGGAGGGUCUUUAGAGAGUCCGAAACUUCAAGGUAAAACCGUGGUGGAAUUGGGAGCAGGUACCGGAUUGGUAUCUUUGGGACUUUUAAAGAAUCAUGACAAACAUAAAUUUGCCAAGAUCAUGGUGACAGAUGGAGACUCGGCACUUGUGGAGAACCUCGCAGCCACACUUUGUCUAAAUCACAUUGACCGGUCAUUAGUGGAGACACAACAGCUUUGGUGGGGCACCACUGAUCCACAUGAUAAGGACAAUUUCGUCCAGCAUCCACCGUUUGGCCAAGUGGUGGUGGCAGCUGACGUCACUUAUGAUGGUCUGGUAGUUCCACUGUUAAGUAGUACUCUCAAGGAUUUCUUCAACAAUGGAGCUGAGGUUGCUUAUGUGGCUGCAACGGUGAGAAACACAGACACGCUUGCAGUGUGGGAGCGAGAGUUACUGGAGAAGUUUGUGUGGAGCGUAUGUUGUAGAUGUGAAGUUCCACAUGAUGACUCGGAGGUUGCAUGGUAUCGACUUGGGACUCCAGAGAUUCGCAUCUACGAGGUGAGAGAUAAAUGA